AUGGAAGAAGUGGAAGAGAAAGUAAAAGUGAGAAUGAUGAAACGAAAGGGUGCGGCGGGACUGACGGGAGUGAGGAAUUGGAUGGUGGUGACGGAGACAGGGCAGAGACGGUUGGAGUGUGUUGGGAAGCACUCCAUUAUGCGCCGAACUGGGUUGCCGGCGCGUGACCUUAGGGUCCUCGAUCCCAUGCUGUCUCACCCUUCUUCCAUCAUGGGACGUGAAAGAGCCAUCGUUCUCAACUUGGAACACGUCAAAGGCAUCAUCACUGCCUCCGAGGUUCUCAUGAUCAACUCCUCCAACCCUCUCUUUCUUCACUUCCUUCAACAUCUUCUCUCUCGUCUUUCUCAUCAAAAUUCCCAAAACGGUUUGCCUGUGGGAGUAUCUGAGGAAUCUGAUGCAGUUCAAGCAAGAGUGGAUAGCCCUAACCCUAAGAUCAAUGCAGAGAUGUUAACAGGAACACUAGCUCCUAAACAGUUACCUUUUGAGUUCCUUGCACUUGAGACAUGUAUUGAAUCUGCUUGCAGGUGCCUUGAAUCUGAGACUUCAACAUUGGAGGAUGAGGCUUACCCAGCUUUAGAUGAAUUGACUUCUCAACUUAGCACUCUCAAUCUUGAACGUGUAAGACAGAUUAAGAGUCGUUUGGUUGCACUUUCCGGUCGUGUGCAAAAGGUAGCAGAUGAACUAGAACAUUUACUAGACGAUGAUAAUGACAUGGCUGAAAUGUACUUGACACAAAAGCUUCAGGCUUCAUUACAAGAAGAAUUCAGUUCUGAAUGUGAAGAUGGCGAUCAAAGUAGUAAUGAAUCAAAUUCGGAAAAGUUUGACAAAUUCUCUGGCCUUAAACCUGACGUUGAGGAAUUGGAGAUGCUUCUAGAAGCAUAUUUUGCACAGACAAAUGGAAUCUUGCAAAGAUUGUCUAGUUUGAGUGAGUACGUGGAUAACACGGAGGACUACAUCAACAUAAUGUUGGAUGAUAAGCAAAAUCAGCUUCUGCAGGCAUCAAUAAUUUUCAACACCCUAAACAUGAUACUUAGUGCAGGAAUUGUGGUUGUAGGAUUGUUUGGCAUGAAUAUUCAAAACAAACUCUUCGAUGGUGAACCUCGUCAAUUUUGGGCAACAACCGGUGGUACAUUUGGAGGAUGUGUACUUAUGUUCCUUGUAUGUUUUGGGUGGGGCAAGAAAAAAUAUUUUCUCUCUCAGUAG